AUGGGCUUUUUCGAUUUACACGAACCUGAAGAUGGACAAGAUCGAUUCUUUUUAUAUGCGAUGAUUGUUCUUCCAUUUUUUGCUACAGGUUCUUAUUUAUUUGAUGCAUUGUAUCAUUAUGAAUAUGAUUCCAAAGAUCGUACUUAUGAAGGUCUACUAUCAACAAUAGUGAUUGUUUUUGCUUAUCUACAAUAUUGUGCACCGAUACGUUCACGAAAAGCUUUAACUCUUUAUUACGUACUGUUGUGUAUGGUGAAAGAAGCAGCAUCAAUUGUUUAUUUACUUAGCUAUAUCAGAGCACAUGAUGUAUUCAAAAUAGUAUGCUAUAUUUGUUUCUUGAUUAUCGAUUUAUUCUUUACAGCUGCUUUAAUUCAUUGUCGCGUUAUAAAUAAUUAUGAAUCUCAUAUAGUUGUUGAAAAUAAACAUUUAUUUCAUUUCAUAUCACGUUUGGAAGUUAUAUUGACGAUAUUCAUACCUGUUUAUAUGAAUGUUAAAUUUUCAUCAUUAACACGUUACACAAUAGCACAUUUUCUGUUAUUUGAUUUUUUUUCUGAUUCAUAUGCAAGAUUUCAAGGUAUAUGGAUUAAAUCGGCAAUAUAUCUAUUUGUAAUAAUAACAACAGUAUCUGUGGCAACUGAGUGGCUUUAUUUUAAUGAUCAAACAAUAAUAUACGAAGAAAUUUCAUACGUAGCGGAAGUUAUUGCAAAUGCAUUAUGUGAUUCAAUUAUUAUUUUACAAUUUUUUCCAUUUCAUUUCAAAACUCAAUUUGUACAAAAUAUAUUUCGAAACGCUCUCCUUUUUAAGAAACAAUUAAAUGAAGUCAAUCUUUCCACCAGCAUCGGAGAAAGCACAAAAAUCGAUAUCGCACAAAAUAUCGACACUAAAAUCGAUGAACGAACUCAUACAAAAAUCUGUGAAGUCUUUUGA